UGUGAUCAAGUAGAUCCUUGGGAAUGCGUCCUAUCUGGGGGACGGAACUUACGCGCGUCCGAGGAUGCGCGCGGCAAAUUGCGCGGCGAAGUGCAAUCAGGGGUUGCAGGAGAUGCACCGAAAACAGAGCCAGGGGUUAUGGAGAAUGUAGCCAAAAUAGAGCCAGGUAUUACGGAAAACGUACCAAAAACAGAGCCAAGCAUCGUGGAUAGCAUACCCAUAACAGAGUCACCGGUCGUGGAAAAUGCACCAAAACCUGAGGAAGGGAACGUGGAAAAUGUACCGAGAGCAGAGCCAAGAGUUAUGGAAAACAUACUGCAAACUGGGCCGAGGAUUGUGGAAACCGCACCGAAAAUUGAGCCAGUGGUCGUGGAAACUGCACCGCAAGCAGAGACAAGGGUCGUAGAAAAUGUACCGCAAGCAGGGCCGAGGAUAGUGGAAACUGCACCGCAAGCAGAGCCAAUGGUCGUGGAAAAUGUACCGCAAGCAGGGCCGAGGAUCGUGGAAAAUGUACCGCAAACAGAGCCGAGGAUCGUGGAGAAUAUACCGCAAACACAGCCCAGGAUAGUGGAAACUGCACCAAAAAUUGAGCCAAGGGUCGUGGAAAAUGUAGCACAAACAGGGCCGAGGAUUGUGGAAACUGCACCGAAAAUUGAGCCAGUGGUCGUGGAAACUGCACCGCAAGCAGAGCCAAGGAUCGUGGAGAAUAUACCGCAAACACAGCCCAAGAUAGUGGAAACUGCACCAAAAAUUGAGCCAAGGCCAAGCGUCGUGGAAAAUGUACCGCAAACAGGGCCAAGGACCGUGCCAACAAUUCUGGAAAAUGCACCGCAAACAGAGCCAAGAAUUUUGGAAAAUGCACCGCAAGCAGAGGACUUUGAGCAAGGGCACGGACCGCGCGUUCAGAGUGAAGCGUCUAGCGCUAGCAGGGCCGCGUCUGCGCAACCGCUGACGGUGUUUGCGUCGAGCAUUUUAUUUUCCGAACAGAUGUGUAUAGAACUCGUAAUGAUAUACUUCCUUCUCAUUAUACCAUGGUUUUACACAGAAAAUCCAUAUAGAAAAUGGAAAAUAGUGAAUAUCCCAAAAUGA